AUGGAUACUUUGGUGGCAAAUCCAGUAGAAUCGUGGUACAAAAUAGUUGAUGACAGUGACGAUGACAUGGAAGUAGAAGGAUCUUCUGAAGUGAAAAACACUAUGGAAGUUAUACAUGGCGUGACCAUUGUGGCAACAGUCUCUGUGUCUGUGGUGGAAGAGGACAUGGGUUAUCAAGCUCUUCUGGAAUGUGCUGGCCUUCUUAAUGGUAUUCUGGAAGCUUUACCCAAGUCAGAAUCCCAUGUCCGUCUUGCCAUCCAGCGACUGUGUGAGGCCUGGUGGGAGAAGGGCUUAGAAAAGAGAGAGGAAUUUGGAAAAACUGCUUUUUCAAUGCUCUUGGCAAAGUCAAUUGGACCGAAACGUCUGGCUGUGGACAUCAAUCGCUUGUGGCAAUUUCAUGCAGCUCUCCUCAAUUUUGAUUACAAUUCAGAAGACAGUAAUGAAGUGAGGAAUUUGUUGCUCCAGUGCUCUAUGUGUAUUAACCACAUUAAGAAAGAAGAGGGACGGCGGUUUCUGAGCUUUAUCUUCAGCUGGGACAUCAACUUCAUUAAAAUAAUUCAUGGAACAAUUAAAAACGUGCUUCCCAAUUUACCAAAGUCAUUGAUGUGCCAUGUUGCAGACAUUUAUUUUAGAGCAUGGAAAAAAGCAUCUGGAGACCUUUUAACGACAAUUGAACACACUUGUAUCCAGGACUUCAUGCAUCAUGGAGUUCACUUGCCAAGAAAAUCUCCAGUGCACACCAAAGUGAGAGAGGUUCUAAGCUAUUUUCACCAGCAGAAGCUGCGUCAAGGUGUGGAUGAGAUGCUGUACAGACUGUACCAACCUAUUAUUUGGCGAGGUUUGAAGGUUCCAAAUUCAGAGGUCCGAUCCAAUGCUGCUUUGCUGUUUAUUGAAGUCUUUCCUCUCCGGAGUCCAAAUAUGAACCAAGCAGAUGUGGACAAUGAAAUCCAAAAACAGUUUGAGGAACUUUUUAAUCUCUUGGAAGAUCCUCAGCCUCUUGUUCGAUCUACUGGAGUUCUCGGAGUCUGUAAGAUCGCUGCUAAGUAUUGGGAGAUGAUCCCACCAGCUAUGCUGGCAGACCUUAUGAAGAAGAUCCUUGGUGAUCUUGCUGGUGAUAUCAGUUCUGCUGAUGUUCGCUGUUCUGUUUUUAAGUGUCUGACAAUACUUCUGGAAAACAAGUUUAGUCACCCAUUGUUAGAGCAAAUGCUGCCAUCUUUGAAGUACAGUCUCCAUGAUAAUUCGGAGAAGGUCAGAGUGGCUUUUGUCGAUAUGCUGUUGAAGAUAAAGGCUGCCCGAGCUGCUAAGUUCUGGAAGAUUUGCCCUAUGGAGAACCUGCUAGCCCAACUUGAGGUCGAUUCCCGUCCUGUAUGUCGGCGCAUUGUCAAUCUGAUGUUUUUAACUCUUUCUUUCCUGUCAAUCAGCCAGAGGAAGUCUGGUGCGAGCGGUCUGUAA